GGAUGACGUGGCUUAAAGCUUGUUGCACUCGUGACUGUUCCGAAAUCCGACCGCCAGCUCAUGCCCGGUGCCGGAACGCGCUCAGGCCUCUCGAAUCUCAGGCGCUGAGCCGAAGGAGAAGCCUCAGGUCUUCUCCCACAACCUUGAACUCAACCAUUCCUUGACCCCGUCAUGUCUCUCCAGCCAUUCAUAUCUUUGUAUCGAUAUGCUCUCGAGCCAAUAGCACCUUUCAGCUGGUUUGGUAUCAAGGUCUGUUCUAUCGAAGUGGUAGCCGCGUUCCGGCUUUGCACCAUCUUGAGACAGAUCAGAGAGGAUUUGCAUGUCAAGCAUCAGCGCCGCGCUGGCGUUGCUUCUGUGGAGGAGAGGUCCUUCCUAAGAGAUGCAUCUACCGCACUCACGAUUAAGUUUGGAGGAGAGGCCAUCAUAGGCCCUCUACUCGGUGUUCCGCCAUCUUUCGUACUCUCAGGUGUUUCCCCCGCUGUGUACAUCGUCGCUCAGGCGAUCGUAGAGUAUAUGCCUGUCAUGCCGUCCAUGUCACUCCUCACCGAGCUCCCAUUAUCCGUCGUCGACGGAUUCACUCGUGCAUUACUCCUCUGCAGCCUCAUACCCACACCCAUCAUCACCCACACGUCCCCCGCCAUCGCAUCCUCCCCAUGGACUCUCCUGCUAUCUUCUCUCGUCAUCGCCAACGGUGGUUUCUUCAUAACCAGCAUGUUCUCCUUCCUCGAGCCCACUCCGCUCACACUGACGACCCCUGCUGCGAUGAAGCCCUACGGUUGGACGACCACCGACCUCUGGUGUGCGCCUUUCAUCACGGGGCUCUAUGCCCUCCUCACGCACGCCCAGCCGUUCUGGGCCGAGCUCCAUAGCGUGGUUUCGACCGUCCUCGGGGGCGUCAGCGACAAAGUCGAGCCCUUGGACCCAGAGUCCGCCCGUGCGCUGUGUGCGCUUAUUCUUGCGGGGAUGUUUACCACCCGUACUGCGAAGAACUUUGGGCUUGUCUGGAAGAGAAGUGUUACUGAGAAGGUCAAGAUCCAGUGAAUACUGAAGUGAUAUUGAUUUUAUACCGCCGAAGCUGUACAAUUUGUAUGAGAUUUAUGAAUGAGAUAUCCAUUGCGAAGAUUGU